UGUUGCAAAGAUGAGGGGCCUCCUGGUGUUUGCGGUGCUCCUGGCAGGUGCCUUUGCCACAGAGACCUUCGUCGGUCACCAGGUCCUCAGGAUCUUUGCUGCCGAUGAAUUCCAAGUGGAGCAAGUGAAAGGGUUGGAAGAUCUCGAGCAUCUUCAGCUGGAUUUCUGGCGAGAGCCGAUCCAUCCCGAGGCCUCAAUCGAUGUCCGAGUCCCGUUCCACAGCCUCCAAGCGGUCAAAGUGUUCCUGGAGUCCAACAGCAUCCGAUAUGGCAUCAUGAUUGAGGAUGUUCAGUCCUUGGUGGAUGAAGAGAAGCUUUCCAUGUCACACAAUUCCCGGGCCCGAUCCAUUGCAACCUUUAACUAUGCUUCGUACCACAAUUUGGAUGAGAUCUAUGACUUCAUAGACCUUCUAGCGGCUGAAAAACCCGAACUGGUCAGUAAAAUCCAAAUUGGAGAAAGUUACGAGGGCCGUCCCAUCAAGGUCCUGAAGUUCAGCACAGGGGGAACAAACCGUCCAGCCAUCUGGAUCGACACCGGCAUCCACUCUCGUGAAUGGGUCACGCAAGCCAGCGGCGCCUAUUUCGCCAAGAAGAUCAUUGACAGUUAUGGCCAGGAUCCGUCCCUGACUUCCAUCCUGGAUAAUUUUGACAUCUUCUUAGAAAUCGUCACAAACCCAGAUGGAUUUGCUUUCACGCACAGCAAGAACCGUAUGUGGCGCAAGACGAGGUCUAAGAACAGUGGGUCAUUGUGCAUCGGGGUGGACCCAAACCGAAAUUGGGACGCAGGCUUUGGAGUGGCUGGUUCUAGUGGGAACCCUUGCUCCGAGACGUACCGGGGGCCCUACGCCAACUCUGAGCCCGAGGUCAAAGCCAUCGUUGACUUCGUGAAGAGCCACGGCAACAUCAAAGCCUUCGUCUCCAUCCACAGCUACUCCCAGCUGCUCCUCUAUCCUUUCGGCUACACCAGCAAGAAAGCAGCGGAUCAGGCGGAACUGGAUGCAGUUGCUAAAUCGGCCGUAGAAGCUCUGGCUUCCCUGCAUGGGACCAAGUACAAAUACGGGAGCAUCAUCACUACCAUCUACCAAGCAAGCGGUGGCACCAUUGACUGGACUUACGAGCAGGGCAUUAAGUACUCCUUUACUUUCGAGCUGCGAGACACGGGCCGCUAUGGGUUCCUGCUCCCGGCCAGCCAGAUCAUCCCUACGGCCGAAGAGACGUGGUUAGGCCUGAUGGUCAUCAUGGAGCACACGCGAGACCAUCCCUAUUAAACCCAGAGCGAAGGGGGCUCCCUUCUUUCGGAGCGUGCAAGCUUCUCUGGCAAUAAUAAAUCCUUUGAAUGAA